AUGGCUGCCCACAGACAUAUCCCCCUCAUUCGAUUUCUAGGUUCUCGAAAGAAUAUCACUCAUACUCCAAAUGCCUCUACUAUCUCUUCAAAUCCCGUCUUACCAACAGUCUCGAUGAACAAAACCGGUCGAGUUAUUUCAUACGAAUGGCUAUCACAGCUACCUGGUCGCUACCAACCACUACCAUUCUCUGAUGCCGAACUGCAAGCGAUUGAUGCUGGCGGUGCUGGCUAUCAUAUUCGUCACGUAUGA